AUGGAUCCCUUUUGGCCAUCAGAAACUAACAGCUUUCGACGUUUCACCCCUGAGUCCUUGGCAGCAAUUGAGGAAAGAAUUGCUAAGAAAAAAAAGCAGCAAGCCAAAGUUAACCGGGAGAAUAAGGACAAAGGAGUUGAAGAACAUAAACUUACUCCUCAGCUUGAUCUGAAAGUCUGCAAAAAACUGCCGUCUCUGUAUGGGGAUCUUCCUGUGGAGCUCAUUGGGGAACCCCUAGAAGAUAUUGAUCCGUACUACAGUGAUCACAAGACUUUUAUGGUGAUAAAUAAUAGGAAGACUAUUUUCCGGUUUGCUGCCACGCCUGCCUUGUUUAUAGUUGGUCCUUUUAAUCCAGUCAGAAAAGCAGCAAUUAAAAUUCUGAUCCAUUCAUAUCCUUUUAUUGGUUUCCCUUAUUUCAGUUUUAAAAUAUACGGUACCAUUUUCUGUCGUUCUGUUCCUCUAUUCAUAUUAAUAUAUCUUUUUACUGUCAUAUAUACUGGUGAAAUACUGAUAAAAAUAUUAGCAAGAGGAUUUGUUUGGGAUGAAUUUACCUUUCUUCGAGAUCCAUGGAACUGUUUGGAUCUUGUUGUUAUUAUCAUAAUGUAUGUUAGUAUACGGAAAAGUGUGGGCAAGGUUUCAGCUCUUCGAACUUUCAGAGUACUGAGGACUUUGAAAGCUAUUUCAGUAAUACCAGGUCUGAAAGUCAUCGUAAAUUCACUUAUUGACUCUGUUAAGAAACUUACUGAUGUGUUCAUCUUGACUGUUUUUUGCUUGAGUAUAUUUGCUCUGAUAGGCCUCCAGCUUUUUAUGGGCAAUUUAACAUCCAAAUGUGUCCUCAGUAAUACUGCAUAUGAUGACACAUUAUGUAAGGAUGCCAAGAUAUAUGUACCAAAUGAUGAAGAUAUCUGCUACAGAAUGAAUAAAUCUUCUGAAAUACUGCUCUGUGGGUUCAGUUCAGAUCCUGACAAAGAGUGCCCAGAAAACUAUAGCUGCAAGAACAUUGGGAAGAAUCCUGACUUUGGUUAUACAAGUUUUGAUCAUUUUGGCUGGGCCUUCCUUUCUUUAUUCCGUCUGAUGACACAGGAUUGCUGGGAGCGUCUCUACAGACAAGUGUUGGCUGCUGGAGAGAGUAAUAAGGCCUUACAUGUCAGAUCUGAAAUGUCAGUUGCUGACUUGAAAAAUUCAAAAGAAAAAGAGAUGAAGAAAGAAAACCCUAUUUUAAGACAAAGCUUAAUUUUAGGUGAUCAUGGCAAAGAGGAGCAUAUAUUUCAUUCACAGCCUGGUCGCUGCCACAAGAAGCUUAGUUUAAACUACAUCGCUGUGCUUGCUAACGGAUGCCUCUACACUAUCUGCGUGAAGAAUUCCAAGACCCAGCUCCAGAGGCAGGUACUGCUGUCCUAUGAAUUGUCAGUGGACUCUAUUAAUGAUCCUUUUCGAAGACAGAGGUUAAUGAGUGCAGCCACUGUCAUUACAGAUAACUUGCAAGAACUGCAAAAGUCAAAACUGAAAUGCCCUUUAUUAUUGAAACAUUUUGCUCAAAAGUAUCUAAUUUGGAAUUGUUGUCCAUUCUGGAGAGUAGUCAAAGAGAAGGUGAAAUUGGUAAUUUUGGAUCCAUUUGUUGAUCUCUUAAUCAUGGUUUGCAUUAUUGUGAAUACCUUAUUCAUGGCUCUGGAGCACCCUGACAUGCCAUGGAAUUACCAACAAAUGAUUUUUGUAAGUGACAAGGUCUUCACCCUGAUUUUUACAGCAGAAAUGAUCUUAAAAAUCAUUGCUCUAGAUCCUUACAACUAUUUUCAGCAAAAAUGGAAUAUUUUUGAUAGCAUAGUUGUUAUGAUUGGCCUAAUAAGCUUUAAAGAAAAUCUGUCAUCAUUCAGGCUGCUCAGGAUCUUCAAAUUGGCAAAGUCCUGGCCAGCCUUAAAUACUCUUAUGAAAAUAAUUCUGAACUCAGUUGGUGCUCUGGGUAACCUCACUCUGGUUUUGAUUAUCACUGUAUUUAUUUUUGCUGUAGUAGGAAAGCAGGUUUUGGGCAAUUAUUAUGAGAAAAAUUACUCUAAAAUAAACAUCGAUGAGAAUUUGCGCUGGCAUAUGAAGGAUUUUUGUCAUUCAUUCCUGAUUAUAUUCCGAAUAUUAUGUGGAGAAUGGAUUGAAACCAUGUGGGAAUGUAUGGAAGUGGCUGGAAAAGGGCUAUGUCUUCCCAUUUUCUUGCUAGUCCUGGUGAUAGGAAACCUGGUGGUGCUCAACCUAUUCAUUGCCUUGCUGCUGAGUUCAUUCAAUACUGACUCCUCAGUGGGACAAGAGGAAACUGGACAAAUGACUAAAUGUCACAUUGCCAUUGCACGGAUUCACAAGGGCCUGCAGUCUGUGAAAAACCGAAUUUUGGAUCAUUGUGUCAAAAUAAUGAACCGAAGCCUCAAAACAACAGCCAAAAAGAAGACGGUGAAAAUUUCUGCCAAAGACAUAGAGGAAAAUAACUAUGCCAUGACAGAUGUCAGAAAGGAUAUACACAGCAGUUGCUUUGACAUUGGGUAUUACAAUACCGAAGAGAGUUCCUCAAUAACAAGGAAAUAUGAAGAAUUUUUAACCAGUCAUAGUACCUGUGUUCCCAUUGCAGUAGCAGAGACUUAUAGCGAUGAAGGUGAUGAUGACCACAGUGUAUGCACAGGAAUAGAAUACAGAAAACAGAAAUGUGAUGCUGGUAGCUAUUCUGAAGCCAGCACUGUGGACCCAGUUAUUCUUCUGGAGAUGUUUUCCCAGCCUAAAACGUUGCACCUACCUAAGGACUGUUUUGCGGAAAGUUGUGUUGAAUGUUUCCCGUGUUGUGUAGUGGAUAUCACUAAGUUUCCAGGCAGAACUUGGUGGAAAUUUAGAAAAACCUGCUACAGAAUAGUUAAACAUAGCUGGUUUGAAAAUUUUAUAAUUUUUAUGAUAAUAUUGAGCAGCGCAGCACUGGCAUUUGAAGAUAUUCACCUGCAGGAGAGAAAAACAGUGAAAAUCCUCCUAGAGUAUGCUGAUAAAAUAUUUACCUACAUCUUUUUUAUGGAGAUGCUUCUGAAAUGGGUAGCUUAUGGUUUGCACAGUUAUUUCACAAAUGCCUGGUGUUGUCUUGACUUCAUCAUUGUAUGUGUAAGUAUUAUAUUCAGCUUGUCUUACAUUUUGACUUGUUCCUCUGGGAGUGCCCUGAAAUCUCUCAGGACUCUUAGAGCAUUGAGGCCUCUACGAGCUUUGUCAAGAUUUGAAGGGAUAAAGGUUGUUGUGAAUGCACUCUUGGGAGCUAUCCCCUCGAUCUUGAACGUUUUGCUCGUCUGUAUUGUCUUCUGGCUCCUAUUUAACUUUGUAGGAGUAAAAUUACUUGGAAAAAGAUUUUCGAAAUGCACACUCAAGAAAGGAAAUAUCAGUCUAAUUGAUAACAAAUAUAAUUGUACGUUCUAUAAUGGAACAUGGACAAAUAAUGAUGUAAACUUUGAUAAUGUUGGGAUGGGAUACUUGGCUCUUCUCCAAGUGGCAACUUUUAAAGGUUGGAUGGAUAUUAUGUAUGCAGCAGUGGAUUCACGUGAGAUAGAUGAACAGCCAAAGUUUGAAGCAUGCUUAGCCAUGUAUAUGUAUUUUGUGAUUUUCAUUAUUUUUGGAUCUUUCUUCAUGCUGAACCUUUUCAUUGGAGUGGUUAUCAGCAAUUUUAACCAACAAAGGAAAAAGAUAAGUGAAAAAGAUCUAUUUUUGACUGAGGAACAGAAAAAGUACUAUAAUGCCCUAAAAAAACUUGGAUCAAAGAAACCUCAAAAACCCAUCCCAAGACCAUCGAAUGUGUUCCAAGGAUUACUCUUUGAUAUAGUAUCGCACAAAGCUUUUGACAUUACCGUUGUGACUUUCAUCUGUCUAAAUAUGGUCAUUAUGAUGGCAGAAAAUAGCCAGCAUGACAUCAAGGAUGUUCUUAAUAAAAUCAACUACUUUUUUGUGGCUGUAUUUACUGGGGAAUGUGUCAUAAAAAUACUAGCCUUAAGACAUUACUUCUUCACCAGUGGCUGGAACAUAUUUGAUUUAGCUGUUGUGGUCCUUUCACUAGUUAGUAUUGGACUUUCUGAAGGCUUUCAAACUUUGUCUCCUACACUUUUGAGAAUUUUUCGUUUGGCACGAAUUGGCCGAAUCCUGAGGUUAAUUCGAAAAGCUAGAGGAAUUCGAACUCUUCUUUUUGCAUUACUGAUGUCUCUUCCUGCACUGUUCAACAUUGGCCUUCUGCUUUUUCUGGUUAUGUUCAUUUAUGCCAUUGUGGGCAUGACAAACUUUGCCUGUCUUGGUUGGGAAGGUGGGAUUGAUAACCUUUUCAACUUUCAAACCUUUGAGGGCAGCAUUCUCUGUCUCUUCCAAAUUACAACGUCAGCUGGCUGGGAUGGUCUUUUGGUCCCUCUGUUGAAAGGACCUGAUUCAUGCGCUCCCAACUUAAAUUUAACAGAUGAGCAGAAAAAAAAUUGUGCAAAUAAGGAUGUUGGUAUUUUAUUUUUUGUAAGCUAUGUUAUUAUAUCAUUUCUCAUUGUUGUAAAUAUGUACAUAGCUGUCAUUUUAGAGAACUUCAGUGUUGCCACUGAAGAGAGCACAGAUCCUCUUUGUGAGGAUGACUUUGAUAUGUUUUAUGAGACGUGGGGAAAGUUUGAUCCUCAGGCAACACAGUUUAUUAGAUAUUCUGCUCUUUCAGACUUUGCAGAUGCUCUGGCAGAACCCUUACGCAUUCCAAAGCCUAAUAAAAUUCAGCUCAUAUCCAUGGACCUCCCUAUAGUUAGUGGAGAUAAGAUCCACUGCUUGGAUAUCUUGCUUGCUUUCACUAAAAAGGUCUUGGGAGAAUCUAGGGGUUUGGAUGGUCUUGAAUUACACAUGGAAGAAAAAUUUAUGGCUGCCAAUCCAUCUAAAGUUUCUUACAAGCCAAUUACGACUACCCUUAAAAGAAAACAAGAGGAGGUAUCGGCUCUUAUUAUUCAAAGGGCCUUCAGGAGGUAUUUGCAGCGUUCUUUUAAAAAUAAAUCUUUCUCAUACCGUCAUAAACGUUGUAACAGUGCUGUCUUUGAAGAAGAAACACGUGAGAAGGAAAGACUUAUUGCAUCAAGGCUUAAUGAAGAUAAUGGUAGGAAGCUAGAUAAAUCACGGACUACAUCUUCCAUAUCUCUCCCUUUAUUUUAUGAUGGGAUUGCUGAAACAGAUAGCGAUAACGUGAACACAUAA